UCGGUUCGACCGUUGGGCGGCUGGAACGUCGCUCGGGAGCCUCGGGCUGAAGGCAGGUGUCAGCGAGGUGUCUUCGGUUCUGCAAGAGCGAGCUCUGCGAAGCGGGGUUUCGAGUAAUUCUUGCGGUGAUGGCACGGUGGCGUGUCUGCUGCAGGUUGGACAGUUGGGAAGGUGUAAACGGGUUUUAUUAGAAAGCUGCCAUCAGUUGUUCUGAUUGCACGAAGCUACCUGUUAAACGUUGUCUUAAUUGGAGCUACGCUAAAAUAAGCCAGCAGAGAAAGCAAUCCCUUGAUCUCCCCAAGCUGGACCACAUAUGCAUAUUUUGGUUAUUACUUUUGGCAGUUUCUUUAGCACUUAAAUGUAAAACUGUGAAUGUCUGUGUUGUACCAUUUCUUAUUUUGAGUUUUGUCUUAAACUCGUGCUAUUGGGUUCUUUGGUUCUGUUGUUUUAGUAACAGUAGAAAAUUAAAUCCCAGUCACCGAUUUGACCGAAUGCAAUAUCUUAAAAAGCAUGCCAGUUUAUAUAAUGUUUCAUAAUAAUAUGCUGUUUCUCUUUCUAUGGCUCUCUAUCUGGGCAGGUAUAUUUAGACAGCAGAACUAGAUUUAACUUGGCCUUCUGUAAAUCAGAUUAUUUUCAGGUGGUAAACUAUGGGGAGUUAAUAAGUUCACCUUUUUAAAUUAAAAAUUUUUAUGCUUGGGUCAAAUCAUGUUUUCUUGAGCUCUGAAACUUACUUGAUUUCACUUGAGUAGACUUGUAUGGGACAAAGAAAAUGUUAAACACUCUUUAGUGUUCUUCUUUCUACAAGGCACUUGCGUUUAAAUACAAAUGCAUCCCGGUGGAAUUAAUUGGACUAUUCAGUUCACGUGCUUAGCUUUAUUUGCUAGCAUCAAUUUCAUGAGCAAUUUAGCAAAAAAGAUGGUCUCUUCCUAUGCUAGUUGUUUAUUCCUGAUGUCCUUUUCUCUCUUAGAGGUGUUCAGUAGAUCCAUAUGGAAGCUCAUUUGGGUUGGACGAUAAUUAGUUUUUUUUUCCCGGGUUAACUGUCCCCAAGAUCAGUUCUCUCGUUUGGUUCAUCCUGUGACCGUGCAAAUACUUGGGCAGCUGGGGCAGCUGGCAAUGUGGGGCUGAAGGGGCAUAAGAACGUCUCCCGGAGCUGCAGUGUUGGCUCAGCAAACUGUGGCCCUGGUGUUCCAGUGUGUAAGUGCCAACGAAGCUUUCCCAGAGUAUAACGGUAAAAGCAGAAAUGUGAUCUUCUGUGAUGUACUGAUAUCCCAGAUACUCCAGAAAACAUAUUACAAGAUGAAGCAUCUUGUGCCCUUUCACAGCAUAGGUAAAUCAGGUAGGCCCCUCUGCACAUAAAAAUGUUUUCAGCCUCCACGGCGUUCUGCUUGCUUCUGUUGCAAAGGGCCUUAUUUGUCAUAAGGUACAGAUAACUGAAAUAGAUCUCGGCCAAUAUUUAAUGGUUGGUUGACCUUUGAAUUGCAGUAAGUACUGCUGUUUUAAGCAGCACUGUCAACUUUGUCUAUUCACAGCAGUGCCAUCUAUAUUGCUGUUAUUUAUAAACAGUGGGAAAAUAACAGUGGAAGCACAAAUUUCUCACAUUCAUAUAAGUAUUGAGACACAGCACAUGUCUAAGUAUGCAGUCUGCGAAUAUGCUUCUGAAAAACUUUGUCAAGCGUUCUGUCUUUCCCUUUGCUGUGCAACAUGGGAUGAAAAAGGAUUUGUUUCCGCUCUGUAGAACUCUGAUUUUAUCACCUUGGUUGAAGGAGGACGCUUCACACAGUCCCUCUGAAAAACUAGAUUUAGAUGAGUGGAAGAAGGUAAUGAAAUCUGGAUUGCAAGUAGAAGUCAGUGAGACAAUCUCUGAGCGUAAGGAGCUUUCCACUUUGGCUGCUGCACGUGAGACUGUGGAGAUGUGGAGGCUGGCUGGCAGAUCGGUUCCUGAAAACAUCAGUGAAGAACAGCUGAAAGCUUUCGUAGAAUGUCCUUCCAAGUCAUCUAAAAAGAAGUAUUUAAAGUACUUGCAUCUAAAAGAACUUUACAAGAAAAAUGACAAAAGAAAGAUGGAUGAGAAAAGGGAAAGAAGACUGGAAACACAGGAGAAAGCUUCAAAAACCGAUGAGACCAGAAAGAACUCAUUCACCUGUUUGUGGGCCAGUGCCAUGGAUAAAACACACAAUUGGAGGGCUGCUCAGUCUAUGGUCUUUGGCCAGCCUCUAGUAUUUGACAUGUCUUUUGAAAAUUAUAUGUCACCUAGAGAAGUAGCAAAUACAGUGAGACAGAUAGUACUCAGUGAAGGUUGUAAUCGAAAAUCUGUGGAUCCAUUCCACGUUCACUUCUGUAACUUCAAAGACAACAGCCAGUAUCACAGGGAAUUUAUCAAGCAUUAUAGAGAGGCAUGGGACAAAUUGCUUAUCACUGUGACAGACCAGUGCUACACAAAUGUCUUUCCCAAGGACAAGAUUAUCUAUCUGACAGCUGAUUCUCCCAACGUCAUGAAGGCAUUCGAUCACGAUAAAGUCUAUAUCAUUGGGUCAAUGGUUGACAGAAGUAUAAAGACAGGAGUCUCUUUAGCACAAGCAAAACGAUUGGGGCUGGAAACUGCCAGCCUUCCGUUGGAGAAGUACUUGCUUUGGAAUACAGGUGCCAAAAAUCUCACACUGGACCAAAUGAUGCAUAUUUUAUUAACACUGAAAGAUACUGGAGACUGGAAGAAGGCUCUGGAAUUUGUUCCAAAAAGGAAGUACUGUGGCUUUGUAGGCAGGUCUGUGAAUGAACUGAAAAAAAGCUUAAAUCUGAUGAACACACUUAAACUUGGAAAGAGACAGGAAGAAGUACGAAAGCAAUUUGCAAAGAACUACUCUAAGAAGCUAAUACAGAAGUAGAGUGGUUGGGAAGAGAAGGAAUUUUAGAGAGAAACUAUGCUCUUGAAUACUCAAGUUUCUCUAGGCUUCUGGACUUCGGGUUGUACUCACCUGCUUUACUCUUUCAAAAAUGCUUUUGUUAGUCAAGUUUGAAAGGACUGCUGCCUAUUAUUAGGGAUUUUUUUUUUUUUUUAAAGAUCUUCGUAUUCCAGCUGUUUGUAUAUGAACUUAUUCUCAGAUUUAUUGAAACUAUGUAAGAGAAAACGAGAUAAUCUGAUCUACCGAUUGUAUUUGAAGAGUAUUAAAAAAGUAAAAUUGUGUUCUAUUGA